AAUAAGCUAACAAGUGCAGCCAAACAGUGGGCUUGAAACCCUCAGGUGAGUAUAAAAUAAACCUAAGAUUAAAGAAAAAAUUGAGAAAGAAGCAGAGGCAGACACAUAGAGGAAACAAAGAUGGGGGGAGGAAUGGAGGCAAACAAAAACAGGUUCAUAGAAGAAUGGAACACUAAAAGAGAGAAUCUGGAGGUCAACUUCCGCUGGACUCGCCGCAACUUAGCUCUCGUUGGCAUAUUCGGCAUCGCCGUCCCCUUCCUUAUCUAUAAGGGCAUUGUUCGUGAAUUUCAUAUGCAGGAUGAAGAUGCAGGUAGGCCAUACAGGAAGUUCAUCUGAGUUUCUCACUGCGAUGCUUGAUAAUAAAGGUCGAUGAGUAAAACCGGGUUUUCUAUGGGACUAUAAAUUGUGUUGUUUACCCGGUUUCAAAACUUCUGUCUUUUUGUUCAUCUUGACCAUAUCUUGUGUUUUUUCUUGUAUAUUUCUUGUGUACUUCUUCAACGUUUAAAUUGUGCUCAAAUUAAAAUUAAGUGUUUGGAUAUUAUUCACCUCAUAAUUAAAUGUGGAUUAAAUAU